CUCUAAUUAAAUUAAACUUUAUGCGGAUCUCUCUCUUUUUGGUUUUUCUUCCCCAAAAUACCAUUCUCAAAUAAUAAUAAAUAAAAGUAAAAUGGAUGAAUGAAUGAAUGAAUAUCCCAUAUGAUUGAUCAACGAACCUAACCUUAACUACCACAAAACAAUAUCCCACAUUUCAAAUUCUCUCCAUCCAAAUAUCCCACAAAACAUUCAUCACUAAAUCAAAUGGGUCUCUGCACUUCAAAACCACUCUCUUCUCCCAAUUCAUUCAACCAUUCAACUCACACUCAAUCACAAACCACAACAACUAUUUCCAAUUCCAAUGAAGAAACACAAAACCCUAAAAAAACACCUUUUUUCCCCUUUUACACUCCAAGUCCAGCUCACAAUUUAUUCUCCGCCAACUUCCCCAAAACUCCCGGAACUCCGAGAAGGUUCUUCAGACCACCGUCGCCGGCGAAGCAUAUAAGGUCACUUCUUGCCCGCCGUCACGGCUCCGUCAAGCCGAAUAUCGGUGCUAGCAUCUCCGAAGGGAGUGAAGCUGAAACGGUUGCUCCCCUUGAUAAGAAUUUCGGAUUCUCGAAGCAUUUUGGUAACAAGUAUGAAGUUGGUGAAGAAGUUGGUAGAGGACACUUUGGUUACACUUGUUCUGCCAUUGCUAAGUUUAAUAACAAGGGUGAUCUUAAGGGUCAUCGUGUUGCUGUUAAGGUCAUUCAAAAAGCUAAGAUGACUACUGCUAUUGCAAUUGAGGAUGUGAGAAGGGAAGUGAAAAUUUUGAGAGCUUUGAAUGGACAUAAAAAUUUAAUUAAAUUUUAUGAGGCUUAUGAAGACCAUGAUAAUGUCUAUAUAGUCAUGGAGUUGUGUGAAGGAGGGGAACUUUUGGAUAGAAUACUAUCAAGAGGUGGGAAAUACUCAGAGGAAGAUGCAAAAGCUGUAAUGUUGCAGAUACUGAAUGUUGUUUCAUUUUGCCAUCUACAAGGCGUUGUUCACCGUGAUCUUAAACCUGAGAACUUCUUGUUUUCAUCCAAAGACGAGAACGCAGAGCUGAAGGCCAUAGACUUUGGUUUGUCGGAUUUUGUUAAAUCGGAUGAACGGCUUAAUGAUAUCGUUGGUAGCGCAUACUAUGUGGCUCCAGAGGUUCUGCAUAGAGCUUACAAUACAGAGGCUGACGUUUGGAGUAUUGGUGUGAUUGCAUAUAUUUUAUUAUGCGGCAGUCGUCCAUUUUGGGCUCGGACUGAAUCUGGGAUCUUUCGUUCCGUAUUGAAAGCGGAUCCAAGCUUUGAUGAACCUCCUUGGCCUUCUUUGUCAGACGAGGCAAAAGAUUUUGUUAAGCGAUUACUUAAUAAAGAUCCUAGGAAGAGAAUGACUGCAGCGCAGGCAUUAGGUCAUCCGUGGAUAAAGAGUUAUAAGGAUGUAAAAGUACCCCUGGAUAUUCUGGUGUUCAAGCUCAUGAAAACAUACAUGCGUUCCUCCUCCCUACGAAAAUCAGCUUUAAAGGCUCUGUCGAAGACGUUAGCUACUGACGAGCUGAAUUAUUUGAAGGAGCAGUUUACACUUUUAGAACCAAAUAAAAAUGGCACCAUUAGCUUGGAAAAUAUCAAAACGGCGUUAAUGAGGAAUGCAACAGAUGCUAUGAAGGAGUCACGCAUGCCUGAUCUUCUGGCAUCACUUAAUGCAUUGCAAUAUAGAAGGAUGGACUGUGAUGAGUUCUGUGCAGCUGCACUCAGUGUUCAUCAACUUGAAGCACUUGACCGGUGGGAGCAACAUGCGCGCUGUGCCUACGAACUUUUCGAAAAGGAUGGAAACAGAGCUAUAGUCAUUGAGGAACUAGCUACGGAGCUUGGCCUUGGUCCAUCGGUACCUGUGCAUGCUGUUCUUCACGACUGGAUUAGGCACACUGAUGGAAAGUUAAGCUUCCUUGGGUUUGUUAAGUUGCUGCAUGGUCCAUCUCGAAGUCUUGUAAAACCUCAGUAAAAAUUACAGAAACCCUAUCAGAGUGCUUAAGACAUGCUUUAAUAUACUAUGAUUAUCUGGCCAAUGAAAUGCCGGUCCUCACUUCACAUUUCUAUAAGAUCACGGAAUCUUUGCCAAAGCUGGAUUUGUAAUCAGCAUUGAUCAUCAGGGUUCUAUUUUGCAUUGCAUAAGGCUGGAGCUCUUCUACACUUGGUGCAGGAGUUAAAUAUGUUACUACAGUUUUUUUUUUAAUAUAUAUUUUCCACUGUAAAGGUGUUGUGUGUUAAGGUGCAGGUGAUAAUAUUAACUGAUUGUUGUUAGAUAGUUGAUAUUCUAACAUGUUAUGAGAUUCACGAUUGAUGAGUUUCAUUAAUGUUCAAAUGCAAAUUCAUUGGAUUGCAUCAGAGAGUUGAAUGAAUAUAAAUUUUUAGAGCUUUA